UGCUGCUCUGCUGUCUGCCUUGUCUCGCGCCGCCGCCGCCGCCGCUGCCUCUCUCGCCCCGCGCGAGUUGAGGGCGAAAGCGAGGCUGCUGCCGGUUGCGCCGCCGUCGCCUCAGACCUGUCUCAGCUCCUGUCGCGAGGCCGUCGCCAUGGCGAGCGGUCCGGCUCGCCGCCCGCUCCCGCCGCCCGUGGGGCCCAAGGCGCUGCUGGUGCUGCUGCUGGUGCUCGGGGGCCACCGCGGGGCCCAAGCUUUAUUGUGCGAGUGCAACGAAUGCAACCAAGGCAACACUACAUGUGAAACAGACGGAGCCUGCAUGGUCUCAAUAACGAAUGUGAAUGGGCUGAUGCAUCAUGUCCGAACCUGUAUCCCUAAAGCCAAGCUGAUACCUGCUGGAAAACCCUUCUUCUGCCUGAGUUCAGAAGAUGUGCGCAACACACACUGCUGCUAUGAAGACUACUGUAACAAAAUUGAUCCUCUAGUACCCAGUGGGCAUCGGAAAGAUGACGAAACACCAUCUGGCUGGGGACCUGUGGAGCUUGUGGCUGUGAUUGCAGGCCCGGUGUUCCUUGUGUUCGUCAUUAUGAUCAUAGUGGUUUUUGUCUUUCACCACCACCAGCGAGUAUAUCACAAUCGUCAACGGCUGGACAUGGAAGAUCCAUCUUGCGAGAUGUGUCUAUCCAAGGACAAAACCCUUCAAGAUUUAGUGUAUGAUCUGUCUACCUCUGGCUCUGGCUCAGGUUUGCCGCUCUUUGUCCAGCGCACCGUGGCUCGGACAAUUGUCCUGCAGGAAAUAAUCGGCAAAGGUCGUUUUGGGGAAGUGUGGCGUGGCCGGUGGCGUGGUGGCGAUGUAGCUGUGAAAAUCUUUUCUUCGCGGGAAGAAAGAUCCUGGUUCAGAGAAGCCGAGAUCUAUCAAACGGUCAUGCUGCGCCAUGAGAAUAUUUUGGGGUUUAUCGCUGCAGACAACAAAGAUAAUGGCACUUGGACUCAGUUGUGGUUGGUCUCUGAUUACCACGAGCAUGGCUCUCUGUUUGAUUACCUCAACCGAUACACUGUAACCAUUGAGGGGAUGAUUAAAUUGGCUCUGUCCGCUGCCAGUGGACUAGCACACCUGCACAUGGAAAUUGUGGGAACCCAAGGAAAACCUGGGAUUGCUCACCGGGACUUGAAAUCCAAGAAUAUACUGGUGAAGAAGAAUGGAACUUGUGCCAUUGCCGACUUGGGUCUGGCUGUCCGCCAUGAUGCUGUUACUGAUACAAUUGACAUAGCCCCCAAUCAGAGGGUUGGAACAAAGCGCUACAUGGCUCCUGAGGUUCUUGAUGAAACAAUUAACAUGAAGCAUUUUGAUUCAUUUAAAUGUGCUGAUAUCUAUGCCCUGGGACUAGUUUAUUGGGAAAUUGCUCGGAGAUGCAACUCAGGAGGUAUUCAUGAAGAAUAUCAGCUGCCAUACUAUGACCUUGUACCGUCUGACCCCUCCAUAGAAGAAAUGCGGAAGGUUGUAUGUGACCAGAAGCUACGGCCUAACGUUCCCAACUGGUGGCAGAGUUACGAGGUACAGUUUGACUGUCACAAAGGCUAUAGCAACUUGCCACUUCUUGAACAAGAGGCUUUGCGAGUUAUGGGGAAAAUGAUGCGAGAGUGCUGGUAUGCCAAUGGAGCAGCACGACUAACAGCGUUGCGCAUCAAGAAAACUCUUUCUCAUCUCAGUAUCCACGAGGAUGUGAAAGUUUAGUCUGCAAGCCCCUUUCCCGAGGAAACUGCGCAAAAGCUGCCAUGCUAGAAUUGAUGAGUGGUGGAGAAGGCCUACCUCGUAUUUCUACACAGCCUGCUCCUAUCAGCUGGACAACUUGGCGUGCAGGUUAGGUGACGAAAGUGGACACCCACAGACUUGACUCCCUUCCUGAUUCACGAGUGAAAUUCAUCUGUUUUUCUAAUCCCCUCCUGAGAGCGUAAGGAUGGGCUUGUUGUAUAGAGAGAAAAGUUGACCGCAACCGUAUCUUGUUGUUUCUCUGAUGGAAAUCCCUGUAAAUCCUAGCGACAUGCUUGUCGGGGACAGCCCUGUGGCUUAGGGGAAGUGCUUGAGGACCAACGUAUGCACACACAUGCACACACAAGAUUUGUGUGCUCCCUUGUCUGGCCAUUUGAAGCUCUUAGUCCUUUCCUAGUCUGACAGAUCCUAAACCACCGCAGCCAUUAGUGUCCAGCAGCGUGAGCAUGUGCAAAGGUACGUGUCCCUGUGCCCCUUUGGUAUUAUCGUGUCUGCUUGUGCCCUGUGCAUGUGCAAAUGUAGAGCGUCCUCGUGUGAAAGUGCAGGUGCUCGUGCUCUCUUUGUCCCACAUGUUGAGCAUCGUUAUCUCUUUUUCCUCUCACUAGGGAAGGGUGCGGGGGGAUCCCCCCCUGCCAAUUUUUAGACCCAUUGGGGCACUACACAAAACUAUCUCACUGCCAUCCUUCCCUUCUUUUCAAAGCAGGGAAUAGGUUUUAUUAUGAGUGUGUGUUUUAGCUUCAGGGUCUCCUGUGUUAUCAGGGCUGGGUGGCAAAGUCCAGUCUGCAGAAGGAAUAGAUGUCGGGUGAAAUCAGUGCUGGUCCUCCUGGUUAAAGGAAGCAAGGCAAAAUUAGGGGUGUGGGAAGCAGUUGACCUUUCAGGAUCGUUGCCGUUCUAUUUCUCAAGAAACAACUCUAGCAUUUUAAACAUUUCUCUAAUGAAGCAUCUGUGGCAAAAUAGUGUAUUCAGAGGCUUCCUGUGAAGAUUUUUCCCUUAAGGAAUGAUGACUGCAAAACUAAACUUUUUAUUAUUAUUAGAAGUGUGUGUGUGUGUGUGUGUGUGUGUGUGUAUGUGUGUGUGUGUAUAUAUAUAUGUUGUGUGUGUGUACAUAUAUGUAUGUAUGUGGUCUCCCGUAUUCUGGAAGUGAUUAUGUGUCACUUGGAAUGGGAUGGGGGGGGAGAGUUUGGAAUGGAUUAACUUGCAUGCAUUUUGUUUCAGUUAAAUGAUCAGGGUGUAAUAAGACUGAUUUGGCUGUCGUGUUUGCUUUGGGAACAGCCCAAGACUGUAUUAUGAUGCAAAUAAUGCGUUGAAAACUCCAUAGUAUGUGGGUUGGGUGUUUGUGGUAGAUAACUCCUGAAGCCAUAACUUUUAACUGGAAUGGUUUGACUAUUGUUUGUUAAUUCUUAUUUAAUUGGGAGGGUCUGGAUUUUAACUUUUUUUACUAUUCUUUAUAAGAGAAGUAAAAUUGAUAAUUACCUCUCAUUCUCUUUUUAAAGAAAUCACUGAAAAAAUAUCUGAAAAAAAAUGCACACAGCUCAAUUUUACACUGGAACUGUUUCUACUCAAAUUGUGCGCCCUGACUUCUGAGAGGAGACAUUAUGUCCACUCUGAGACAGGGCAUUUUUUAAGUACAGUAUAUAAAACAUUGUGUGUUUUGCUGUCUGUGGGUGUAGGUGUUCGUCUCUGUCUCUUCCUCCUUCAGCCCCUUCUCUUGUUCUCAACUGUGUCAGUUUGUAAAGUUGAAGAAGCAUUGUCGUGUUGUGAAUUGGAGUCAGUUUUACACGCUCCUUUUGGUUUGAAGCAAACUGUAGCUUCCUCCAGGGCUGUGUUUUGAAAAUCUCAGGCGCUCUUAUUCACAGAGGGACAAGUGGAGUUUGCCCUUCUCGUAAAACCUGCUGCCUUCUGUGAUUCUGUUUCUGAUUGCUUUUGAGCCAGAGGCUACCACACCUCUCCAGCAAAUGGACACAGCUUACCAAAUCACCUCUACAACUUGGUUCUAAGAUGAAAAGCACCUUGACAUUUGUCUAGAUCCUGUAUUCCCAUCAAUGAAAAAUUGACUACUUGGUUGCUGACAUUGGAAGCUAUCAUGGCGGUUUAAAUUUGGAAGAUGCACAUGUCCACCUCGCAGCGGUAACAUAAUUCCAUUGCUAAGUCCUCCUUAGUUGGUUUAUUUUUUUUUUAAGUAACAAGGGAGCCAUGGUCCUUUGAAACUGCUUGGUCUUAGUGGCUGGAAGAGUUGAGGAAGCUGUAGUGUGGCUAUGAAAUUAACAUGGUGCCUAAGCAGAUUCUGAGUGUUUCCCCCAAGAAGCAAGUUGUACACUCUAACUUUAUGGCAUUGCAGUGUUAGGCACGCCACUUGGAAGUGUGAUGAGAACGUACUUCUAUGUAAAGCAGAAGCAGGCAGCAUGAUGACCUCCUGUCAUCCCUAGCAAGCAUGGCCAGUAGCCAAGGAAUGAUGGAGGCCUACACAUCUGAAGGGCAUGUUGUUGACUGUCCCUGAUGUAAAAGCAGCUUGAAUUGGAGUACAACUCACCUAAUUAAUAUCUUACAAUAACUUAUCACCGCUACACAGACACACCUCUGUUGUGUCCUUAUGAAUAAGCCAACUGUGUAGUCCUGCACCUUGAAAGGUAAAAGGGAUAGGCUGUAUCACAACGAUUGGCUUCUAGAGCAUAGCUGCCAAGUUAUCCCUUUUUUAAAGGGAUUUUCCCUUAUGCUGAAUAGGCUUCCUCGCGAGAAAAGGGAAAACUUGGCAGCUAUGUUCUAGAGUCAUAAUAAUACGCAUUUCUCAAAGAGGCUGCGGAAGCCUCUUGCAGCAGAAACACAUUUUUGCUCAGUGCUGCUCCGGAGUGCUAUCAGAAAAAGGAGCAAGGCAGCUAGCUGAAGAGCAUUUAAAAGCACUGUGCCAUUAUAUGGCUAGAUGCUCAUUUAGCACAUUUCUCUCUUCUAACAUAUAUCUGACCAGUGACAUGUAGACGUUGGCUGUGGUUGCAAUUUACAGCACUGCAAAUUGCAGCAGUCUGAAGGAGGACAGGUUUUCCUGCUCCCACUUCACCUGCUACAAAGAUAAAUAGGGAUAGAAAUCUUUAUGUCACACUCAAAGGAAUGUUGUUCUGUCCCACUCCCAGAAAGAAGUGGGCAAGUUGGAGGACCACUAGUUUCUUCUUAAAAUUCAAACAGAACACAGUUGCACUCAGUUGUGCAUGUUUUCUUCUUAAUAAUGUGAAAAAUUCAAAUAGAAGACAUACCCAACAGUGCAGCUAACUGCUGAGAUCUUUUUUUAGACAGCUUUAACUAAGGGCACCUAGGAGAAUGAAGAAAACCAAUAACUGUAGCCAGACAUCCAUGAAGUUUUUAGUCCACUGGUCUGAAGUUCAGGUAAGUCACAGGAUGGAAUUCAAGUUCUUAAUUCCAUUUGGGAACGAGCGACUAGCUUCAUCUUGGCAUCAAGGCAGACAUGAAAGAAUCUGGUGGUGUCAAACCUCCAAAUGGAAAAGAGUUCAUUCACUACUUUUUUUCUUUUCAAAUCUAGAAGAUGGAAGGUGUGGGUUCCUGGCUGGUACUAUUAGAUUUUGUCAGGUGGCACACUGGCUUCAGAAUAGAUCAUUCUGGUACUGUUGUCUGUCUCUUCCCUGCCCCCUCCCCCUUUUCCCACUUUCUCGUCCACCUACCCCUGAUUCCUACUUGAUCUUUAUAUUUCGUUCAGGUUUUGUAUGUUUUAUUAGAAAAAAGACUGUAAAAUAGCCACUUAGACACUUUACCUCCUCAGUAUGCAAAUGUAAAUACAUGUAAUAUAGUAAAGAAAAAUCUUUUGUUUUAAUAUAAGAAUGAGGCUGUCCAAUUUUCUGUUGUACAUUAUUAAAAGUUUGUUUUUAUUCA